CUCUUUUGCUAGCACUUCCUCAAUCUGUUGGGAGCAGGAAACGACAGGCUAACGCUGACAUAUUCAGAGUGAAAUCCCUGAGGCCCUGCAGAGAAGUCCCAGUACAUCCAGACUCACAGAGUCAGAGGGUGCUCCCAGUCCGCUUGCACUGCCUGAGGAAAAACGGAGAGAAAGGGCUGGUCCUUUCCGCGGCUCCCCUGAACUCCAAGGAGCUGAAAGGAUGUCUCUUCCCCGUCAGCUGCGCGACAAGAGUGACUUUGACCAGCUUCCAAACGACGUGCCCAUCUCCGCUAACAUUGCCGAUGUCCAAGAGAAGAGCGGCUUCUCCAGUUACUAUGUGUUUGUCAUUGAGGUGAAGACAAAAGGAAGUGGCAGAUACUUGAUCUUCCGCCGUUACCGUCAGUUCCACGCCCUGCAUGGCAAGCUAGAGGAGAGAUAUGGAACAGAGAACAAAAGCAACAUCUUUGCCUUCACCCUCCCCAUGCUGCCAGGAAAGGUUUAUGUUGGUGCAAAAAAGGAGAUUGCAGAGAGCCGGAUCCCUAUCCUCAAUAUGUACAUGAAGAAGCUGCUCUGCCUGCCCAGCUGGGUGCUGAUGGAUGAAGACCUACGGCUGUUUUUCUACCAGUCAGAGUUUGACCUUGAGCAGGUGCCGCGGGGGCUGCGGCGGCUUCGCCCACGCACCCGACGAGUCAAAAGCAUUUCACCCCAAGAGCGUGGUUUUGAUCGCCUGGCUGCUCCACGGGCUGAGGCAUUGUUUGACUUUCUUGGAACCAGUACCCUGGAGCUGAACUUCAAGAAGGGAGACUUGAUCUAUCUACUCAGCAGGAUCAAUAAAGACUGGCUAGAGGGAACUGUCCACGAUGCCACUGGAAUCUUCCCGGGUGCUUUUGUGUCGAUCAUUAAAGACUUACCACAGGAGGAGAGCACUCUCAAUUGUCUGCGCUGCUAUUUCCAUGAUGACACUGUCAGCAUCAUCAGGGAUAUAACAGUGGAAGAGGACCUGAACAGCACCCCUUUGCUCAUGGACCUCCUGGGAUUAAUGAGGAGAGAGUUUAACCGUGAUGACAUUGUUCUGAAUUACCGGGACUCUGAGGGUGACCUGAUCCGUCUGCUCUCUGACCAGGAUGUCAAACUCAUGGUGUCUCAGGGCAGGAGAUGGUCCUCCGAGAAACAUUUCUUCCCCUGGAAGUUGCACAUCACCCACCAAGAUGACUUCAGUGUCUACAACAUCAGCCCAGGAGGUGGCAUGAGUCGUCCUCUAGCAACGAAAGCACGGUGACAGCCCCAGGCAGCUGUAUCAGCAAGGGACUGCACCCCUCCAGCCACUCUACUGACUGCUUCUUUUUGCUAGGCUUGAGACAAGCAACAAUCACAGCCCGGUGUGAGACAAGGGUGCCCCCGGACAUGGAACAACCCGACCAAGUGGACUUACUGCCCUGUGGGAGCAGAAAUGCUGAGGUGUCAGCCCAAAGUUCCAGGCACCUCACAAACUCAAUGGACAUUGUGAGUAAAAGCAGAUAGUGAGCUGGCGAUAAGCAGCUGUACCUGUGUGUUAGUGCUGGGUUUGAAGUGUUGUUUUGAUUGGAAAGAGAAGAUGUGCUAUUCUGUACUGUGCCUUUAAGGGGUAAGCUCCCCGGUGUGAGAUCUGGGUGGACGGAGUAAAGCAGAAGCUCCAGUUGUUGGCAUGGGGCCGACUGGCACUGGUCCUGGAAUAAAGCAGA